GACUUGAAAAGCAUAUACUCCCAACAGAACAGAAGCUACCUACCUAUGAAUACCUUUAACCCAUUAAUGUUUCCUUCACCGUCACCGGAAAAUGCUUCAACAUCUGAUUGCAGUAGCGGUGCUGGUUUUUCAGAAAGUGACGUCAUGCUGGCUUCUGGAAACCCGAAGAAGAGAGCCGGAAGAAAGAAGUUCAAGGAGACCAGACAUCCGGUUUACCGUGGCGUGAGGAGGAGGAAUUCCAGUAAGUGGGUUUGUGAGGUAAGAGAACCAAAUAAGAAAUCUCGAGUCUGGCUGGGAACAUACCCAACGGCUGAAAUGGCUGCCAGAGCACACGACGUCGCUGUUUUAGCCCUCAGGGGGAGAUCAGCUUGCCUGAAUUUCGCCGACUCAGUGUGGCGGCUGCCGGUCCCAGAAUCUAGCAAUGUAAAGGAUAUAAAAAAGGCCGCCUCAAAAGCGGCGGAGGCUUUCCGACAGACGGUGGAGAUUGAGGAGGAAACGAAAGAGUUGUCGGAAAUUGUGGUUUACGUGGAUGAAGAGGAGAUGUUCCCUGGAUUCCUUGCGAGCAUGGCGGAGGGUCUGAUGGUGCCACCACCUCAAACGCUGGGGUAUGCAGGCAACUAUGUGGAUAACGUUGAAUUUUGUGUUGACGUGUCUUUAUGGAAUUUUUAGGCCCGUUUAGUACUCUUUUUCUUUUUAGUUAUUGUUUUUUUAACCUUAAUUUUCAUAGACAAAGCUAAUUGAUUACGUAAAUAUAGUGAGGACCAACAUCACUAUCACAUUAAUUCGAGUUUUAAUGUAUAUUCAAUUAAUUAAACAAGGAUUUAGUCCUUUACUCAUGAUAUGAGAAAUGAUACACAAAGUUGAUUACCA